AAUCUUUACCACCCCUCCAAAUCCAAAAUAAAAUGAAAAACAUAUAAUCAUCAAAGUUCAAAGAAGAAAAUUAAACGCAACACACAAUCGGGUGCGUUUGUUUGUUGUACUUCAAAAAAAACGCAUCUCUCGUGUCUUCUUUCUUCGUCGCAACGAGUUUCAUAAUUUUUGUUCUUCUUCACUUCUUCUUCUUCUUCUCUCUUAUUAGGGUUUCAUAAUUUUUCCAUUUCCUUCAAAUUCCACCAGUGAUGAGCGACGCUCCUCAAUUCCAAUCACAACACGACAACUCUCCCAACCAAGCUAGGGUUUCGCAAAAUGAAAACUCCCAAAACGAACCUUCCGAAGAGUUUAGGGUUAGGGUUUCUUCCGACGAUAAUUCCACCGUCGAUCGUUCUGAAUCUGAAAAUGAAAGAACAGAUAAAAAACACGAUACGGAUAAAUUUUCCGGUUCCGAUAGCAAAUCGUUGUUAAUUGAAUUCGACGAGUAUGUAGCUUCAGAGAGAAAUAUCGAAGUAGAUACGGAUCUAGGUUAUGGUUUUGAAGUUGGUGAUUUGGUUUGGGGAAAAGUGAAAUCUCAUCCAUGGUGGCCAGGGCAUAUAUAUAAUGAAGCAUUUGCAUCUCCUUCGGUUCGUCGAGCGAGGACAGAAGGUCAUGUUUUGGUGGCGUUUUUUGGUGAUAGUAGUUAUGGUUGGUUUGAACCGGCUGAGCUUAUACCUUUCGAAGCGAAUUUCGCGGAGAAAUCUCAGCAGACGUUUUCUAGAACAUUUGUGAAAGCAGUUGAAGAAGCUGUUGAUGAAGCUAGUAGAAGGCGUGGUCUUGGAUUGGCUUGUAAGUGUAGAAACCCUAAUAAUUUUCGUUCGACGAAAGUUCCAGGUUAUUAUUCUGUUGAUGUGAUGGAUUAUGAGCCUGGUGGGUUUUAUUCUGAUAGUCAGAUUAAGAAAGCUAGAGAUAGUUUUAAUCCAAUUGAAACUCUUGAUUUUGUUAGAGAAUUGGCUUUUGCUCCUCUUGAUGGGGAUCAUGGAAGUAUUGAUUUUGUUGAGAAUAAAGCUACUGUUUGUGCUUAUCGGAAAGCGGUGUUUGAGCAAUAUGAUGAGACUUAUGCUCAGGCUUUUGGAGUGCAGCGGCCGCGUCCUUCUCGGCCUCAGAAUGUGCCCCACAGUCAAUCUCCGAGACAGCCUCCUAAAGCUCCUUUGAGUGGUCCGUUGGUGAUAGCAGAAACUUUGGGUGGUGGGAAAAGUGGUACAAAAUCUGCUAAGUUUAAGGAGAAUUCAAAAAAGGAUAGGUACCUUUUUAAACGGAGAGAUGAUGCAGGCUACUCUUCCCAGUUAACAAAAAAGGAGGCGAUACCAGAUGCGGCUGGGCACUAUGUAUUUCAGAAUAGAGCUCCACCUUUGCCUGUGAUACCUCGUAGUCUAGAAAAUCAUGCAGACUCGAGGUUUGUUAGUCAUGAUGGUGCAACUUCAACAUCAGAUGCCAAAGAAGCUCCAAUAGGCCAGGUUCAAGCGGAAAACAGCAGUCUUGCACCCCAGGCCAUUUCCUUUGAUGCAAAGCCCCAUCUUGAAACGGGGAAGAUUGCCUCCUCUGAAGAAAUGGCCCAUAGCUUGGAACAGGAUACUAUUUCAAGUAAAAACAUGGCCAGGUCUGAUUUGUCUGGGGAGUUGCCAUUACAAAGCACUGAUCUGGAGAGCAAAGUUCAUGUGAAUGCUAAACAUGACAGGACUGCAAAACUGUUGGAACCAUGUGAAGAUUUUAAGCAAUCAGAGCAAGGACUUCCGACUGUUGCUGAUGGAGGAAAUGACACACAUCAAGUUAAGAGUGAAAAUAAUUCGCCGGUUGAAGCAAAGCAUCGUAAAAUUAGUGCAGUGAAGAAGAUAAAAGGUCUUAAGCGACCUGCAGAUGACUUGAACUCAAAAGCUUCUGUUAUUGAGGAGAGAAAGAAAAAAAGGAAAAAGAAUCUAAACUUACAGCCAACGUCAGACCAUCUGGAGAAGCAUUUUACUUCUGGAAAAUCUGUACACCAUUCAGGAAAUUUAACAGGGAAACCUUUGCCUCCUAGAGAGGGUAUUCAAUCAGAACAAAUGCAGGUUGAUUUUAGUGCCCGUAAUUUGCUGCACGUGGAUACCUUAGGUGAUGUUAAUCUUGAAGUGCCACAACUUUUGGGUGAUUUGCAAGCUCUUGCUUUGAAUCCUUUCCAUGGCAUUGAAAGAAAGAUCCCUGUAGCUGCUCGCCAGUUCUUCUUGCGGUUUAGAUCUCUUGUAUACCAAAAAAGCUUAGCGUCAUCUCCACCAAGAGAGAAUGAAGCUCAAGAAGUUCGUGUUGCCAAAUCUCCUGAUGUCAGGAUAUCUGACAAUCUUGAGGAUCAUGUAAGAGCUUCACCACUUGUAAAACCUGUAAAACAUGUUCGGCCUGAUGAUCCUGCAAAAGCUGGUCGGAAAAGGGGGCCCUCUGAUCGCCAAGAAGAUAUUGCUGCAAAGAGGUUGAAAAAAAUCAAGGAUAUAAAAGCUCUAGCUGCUGAUAAGACAGCUGCCAAUCAGAAAACUUCUGAAACUCGGAGAGAAGAUAAGGCAGCUUCCAGUCAGAAAACUUCUGAAGCUCGGCGAGAAGAUGGAAGAGAACCUGUUUCCCAGGCUCCAUCCAAGUUGAUGAGACCAGACUCGGCAAAGAAAGUGGAUCGUCCAUCUAAGACAGUCCAGCCCACCACAUUGGUGAUCAAGUUUCCUCCCCAAACAUCACUUCCAUCUGUGGCAGAGUUGAAGGCAAGGUUUGCUCGCUUUGGACCAAUGGAUCAAUCGGGAUUCCGUAUAUUUUGGAAGUCAUCAACUUGCCGUGUUGUUUUCUUAUACAAGGCUGAUGCGCAAGCUGCAUAUAGAUUUUCUGCAGCAAACCCAUCCUUAUUUGGCAGCACGGGUGUGAGGUGCUUCCUCCGGGAAUUUGGGGAUUCUGCAUCUGAAGCAUCUGAAGCUACUAAGGUUAGGGGAGAUGAUGGAGCCAAUGAAACGCCUCGUGUGAAGGAUCCAGCAGUAGUUCAGCAACAGACACCAGCUUCGUCACAGAAACCUCUUCUUCCACUGCCAACGGUCCAGCUGAAAUCCUGCUUGAAGAAAUCCAACGGCGAUGAGUCAGGUCAGGGUACUGGUAAUGGAAGUAGUAGUAAAGGAAACCCACGUGUAAAAUUCAUGUUAGUUGGGGAAGAAAGUAGUAGGGGGGAGCCACUAAUAGUGGGUAAUAAAAACAACAAUGCUAAUUUAUCCGAUGCCGGUGCACCUAUUGCAAUGGAUUUUAUUAGUAAGAACAUUCAAAAGGUCUCUACUACUACUUCUUCACAACCACCACUGUUGCCCACUCCUCAGUUUUUAAAAACCCCACAACAUAAUUUGCGUAAUUCUGAAUUGGCAAUGGCAUCUAGAAACAACCCCAAUUUUAUUAACACAACAACUGCGUCAGCCGCGGCCACCGCAACCUCGGUUGAUAUAUCACAUCAAAUGAUAACACUUUUAACGAGGUGCAGUGAUGUUGUGACUAACUUGACGGGUAUUUUAGGCUAUGUGCCAUACCAUCCACUUUGACAAAUGUGCACAAAACUCGUUACAUCAUAAAUCCUAUUCUAAACAAGAAUUUGCGAGUUGGAAGUUUUGCUCGGAAAUGCAUUUGUGAAGAGGGCACGCACGCACGCACAACUAAUGAAUGCUCUGGAAAUGCAUUUGUGAAGAGGGUGCACGCACGCACAAGUAAUGAACCAAACGAUGGUGGUGUUAAGUUGUAGUUUUUUGGCUCCAAAAUGUAAAUCCACUCUCACUCGUUGUUGAAUUGACAGUGGCAUAUUAUUGUUGUUAGCUAGCUAGCUACUUUUCCUUUUUUUCGCUGUUCUUAUUUAUUUAAAGCACUUUGUUUUGGGGAGGGAGUACUCCGAUGAUUCACAAAUAUAAUUAUGUACUUGCCUAGUCUAUGUGUGUCGAUGACAUUGCUUCUAGAUGUUGGCAAUGUUAGUAAGAUUGCAAAGUUUUCGAGAAAAUGAGAUUGAGACUUUAAUAUUUU